CCGACGGCUUCGGGCAAGGGCUCGCGCGCUGCGCACCAGCGAGGCCGCCGAUUGGCCGAGCGUUGAGUAAGCCGCCUCCGGAUUCGCUGCGUCCUGUAAUCCAAUAGAGAGACGGUUUGCUCGAGCAGGAGGGUGAGAGAGAAGGUUGGGCUGUGGGGGACAGAAGGGAGAAAAAGUCUUUUAAACUCAAAUUUUCAGAAGGGACCUUCUGCUACGAAACGUGGUGCAUGUUGCUGAAAGAGGCCAGAUUGGAUGAGUUUCUAGGGCCCCAAGUCCUUCUUGGACUGCCCAUUGACCUAAGGCCUGGAAGCACACUGGGAACCAUCUUUCAUGAUGGCGGAACCAGCCGAAGAAACUCUGUUGUAUGUAGAGCACCGCUAUGUCUGCUCAGAGUGCAGUCAGCAGUUUAGUUCCUUAGAGGAUGCACUGGUGCAUCAGCAGAGCCACAUGUGCUCCCAGGAGCAGCAGUACGAAGUAGUGGGGUUGGCAGAAGCUGGGCUGAUGGCAAGUGGUGAGGCUGGUCUCUAUCAAACAGUGACUGUGCAGGAAAGCCAGUACCAGUGUUUGGAGUGUGGACAGAUUCUCAUGUCUCCAAGUCAGUUGCUUGAACACCAGGAGAUGCACCUGAAGAUGGUUACUCAUGAACCAGAACCUUUGGUCAAACCUCUGAGUUCCAGUCAGAUCCACUAUGAGUGCACAGAAUGCAAAGCACUGUUUACCAGUCAGGAUGUGUGGCUUGCCCACCGUCAGAGCCACCGCAAGCCACCAGAGCCAGCAGCUCCUCCUCCUCAGAGUCAGGCACUUGUAAACCUGGAGCAUUCGUACCGUAAGCCAGAGGAUGGAGGAGAUUCCUGCGGAACUGUGCAGUUAUUGUUGUAUGAGUGUGGUGAGUGUUUCCAGCUGUUUCAGUCAACCACAGACUUCCUAGAACACCAGGCCUCACAUCAGGUGAUACAACCAACCCCAGGGACACAAGUGAGAGAGUUGCCUGUAUCUUGCCCUGCAGAGCCAAAGGAGUUGUUGCCACCAAGUUUAAUGGCUGUACAAAACGGUGCUGUGCCAGCACAAAUCCAGACUAGUGUCACAGCCACGGACCACAGUUACGAACUUAAAAACAACCCUGGGGAGCAGCCACUCCGCAAAGUGAAGCAGGCCGCUAAGGAAUACUUGUGCACCGAGUGUGACCAGCUGUUUCCGUCGGCCCAUAAGCUCCAGCUGCACAUGAGGAGUCAUCGGCAGGGUGCCUUCAAAUGCCCGCUUUGUAGUAAGGUGCUUCCCUCUCCAGCUGCCCUUGAGAAACAUCGGGAGGAGCACAGUGGGGAGUCGCGCUUCCUCUGUGUGGACUGUGGCUUGGGCUUUGGCACCGAGGCAGUGCUGUUGUCCCAUCGGCGCACUCAUUCCCCAAACCCCCUGUACCGCUGCACCUGCGGCAAGACUUUCAUCAACAUGACAAAGUUCCUCUAUCAUCGGCGCUCCCACAGUGCCAAUUCUACACAGACCUACGAAUUGCUUUCGUCUCCCCCUGAGGACCCGCCACUUGAGGAAGAGCCACCAGAAGCCUCAGAGCAAUCAGAGAAAAAGCCAGAAGUGGUCCCGUUGGCCCUCAUUUGUUCUGUGGACAACAGUGUCAUGUCAGUUGACGGCGAUGCUCAGGAGAAAAAAUCUGAGUUCCAGUGCCUGAUGUGUGGCAAGGCCUUUCCCAAGCAGACACAGCUGUCGCGCCAUCAGCGCUUUGCCCACAAGAUGGAGCGCCGCCACAAAUGCUUGACGUGUGGCAAGAUGUUUAAGAAGAAGUCCCACAUGCGCAACCAUCUCUUGACUCAUACUGGGGAAAGGCCGUACCACUGCAAGGAGUGUGGCAAAAGCUUCAAUUCGCCAGCCAAUCUGCAGCGCCAUCGCCUGACCCACACCGGCGAGCGUCCCUACCGGUGUGACAUCUGUCAGAAGUGCUUCACACAGUCUUCCACACUGCAGCAGCAUCUCCUGGUGCACAGUCGCCACUACCCUUACAAAUGUCAGGAGUGUGGCAGCGUCUUCCACCGACCCUACCGCCUGCUCAUGCACCGCUAUCAUCACACCGGGGAGUAUCCCUACAAGUGCCAGACCUGCGGUCGCUCUUUUUUGCUUCGCCGUUUGCUGGAGGUUCACCAGCUGAGCCACACUGGCCAACAGCCGCACCGCUGCACCUCUGGCUGCGGAGCUGCCUUUGUCACCGCCGAGCAGCUGAAGGAGCAUAAAUGUGGCAAGAUGAGUCGCCACUUCGAGUGCUCCGUAUGCGGCAAGAAGGUUGGCUCGACGGUGCAGCUGAGGGCCCACGAGCGGCUGCAUGGGGACAUCCAAAUCCCUGAGGGGGCGGAAGAAGAGCCGCCGGCGCUUGAGCCCCCCCCACCCCGGCCCCGCCGCCCCGCCUGCCCGAAAGCCUUCGAGUGCAGUGACUGCAAGAAAUUGUUCAGCACGGAGACGUCGCUGCAGGUCCACCGCCGCAUCCACACCGGGGAGCGUCCCUACCCUUGCCCGGAUUGCGGGAAGGCCUUCCGGCAGUCCACCCACCUCAAGGAUCAUCGGCGCUUGCACACCGGGGAGAAGCCCUUUAAAUGCGAUGAAUGUGGGAAGGCGUUCACUAUUGCCGUGCGGUUGGCAGAGCACAAGCGGAUUCACACUGGAGAACGCCCGUACCAUUGCGAUGCUUGCGGCAAGGCGUACCGUUCUUUCUCCAAUCUCUGGAAGCAUCGUAAAAUGCAUCAGCAGCAGCGCCUGCAGCAUGAGCAGGAGGUCAUGGCAGAGGCUGUUGCUGCAGCCGCAGCUGCUGCAGCUGCCGCAGCAGCCGCUGCAACAGCCACGUCCUCUGCCUCGGCGGCAUCAAGUGAACAAGUCUAUGGCAACACUGUGACCAUUAUGGAAACCAUCCCUGUUGUGGAGACCAUUGAAAUCUACCCAACUGAUGGAGGGGUUCACUUUGAGAAUAUCCAAGUGGAAAAUGUCCAGAUUGGGGGAGUUUGAGUUGGGCUGGGGGGAGUAAGGAGGGGCAGCUAGUCUCACGACGUGGAUUGGGAGCUGCUGCUCUUUGGCUCCCCCUUCCCAGGCUUUGGUGUAACUGCAACAACAACUGCUCUCAGCCUUUUCUCCAUGCUCCUGCUGCUCUCUGCAUUCCUGGAAUGUGGUUGCAUCUUUUAUUUUUCACCAGUUCUGCAGAUGGGCUGGGUGUUGCUUUGUCCCACACACCUCCCACUCAGUUUCCUGAGAUAGCCGUGCUGUUGGCUUGGGCACUCCAUGCCGUUACGUGGUCUGAUGCUUCCCUUCCCUUCUGGCUGAUGUUGGGCAGUUCUUUCCCACUCAGCAGAAGGGAACGUUUUCUCUUACAACUUGGGCAACCCUUAGCCCUAGCAGUGCCCAUGGCAACCUUCUCCACAGCUGAAUCUCUCUCAUGCUAAUUUUUUUGUGGGGGUGGGUGGGAGGGUUGUUGUUGUUGGUUCCCUUCCUACUUGGGAUCAACCUGGGCUGUAAAUACCUCUUGGCUGAGUCUGCUCUGUUCACUGUCGGAUUCUCUCCCCGUUUGCUGUUGGUCACCAUCUCUCAGAUAUUGUUCACGAUCCAUGAUAGCUUCUUUUAUUUUGUUUCUUGCUAACUGGGCUCAUUCCCAUGGCUGUGGGAGCAUUUUGUUAUUUCAUAUUAAAAUAAAAUAGAAAUUAA